AAACGUCACGAGGCCCAAACGGAAAAAACUCGCACAAAAAGUUUAUCACGGUACUGACCUCCUUUCAGUGAGCAACAUCGCUUCUCUCUCUACUUCUCUCUGUCUCUCUCUACGAUGCAAAGGCAAUCUCUAGGUUCACCAGUUUCCAAGCUCCACGGCCAUGGCGCCGGAGCCAAAUCGGAUGCAGUUCCGGCCGACGAUCAGAAGCGCAACAAGCACUCUCCAUCUUCUUCUUUAAUUCUCAACUACGACGGACAAGACGACGAUAAAGCCUCUAAAUCCUUCCGAUUCUCAUUUCCAACGCCUUCUCCUCAGCGGCAGGAGAAGUUCGUUCAUGCUAUCCCUAUCCUCACCAUUAUCUGCUUCCUCAUCCUUUACAUCUUCUCGCACAGUCCUUCGCAGUCAGAUUUGGCUCAGUUUCAUGGAUUCAAGCGUCCUUCAGAACAUUUAGAAAUCAAAGCCGAAGGAGACGAACUUAUCGUACCGAAGAAAGGCAACAUCCUAGCGAUUCAAAGUCUCCGUAACCUAAAAGAGAUCGAAAAAUCACAUUCUCUGAGAUCUCGCGCUCCGAGGAAACUCGCCGAUUUCUAAACUCCGCAUUACCGAUAUCUAACCUUCCGGUAAAAUCUCACCGACCUCGUUUUCGCCUCACGGCUUCUCAUGCCGGCGCGUGCUCCUCUCGUAACUAUUUUUUAAAUUAAAAGCUUCUGUUCAUCAAAUACUCCGUCAGAUUAAAUUGUUCUAUUCCUUUUCUUUUACUUUUUCAAUUUUUUGUUUGCCUCUGCUAGCGCCGGUGGCACUUCUGUAACUUAAUACAAACAAAGAAUGAAUAAAUUGUCAGUUUAUCAGAAAGCAAAACCAUGACGCGCCGCUUUAUCCCCGGCGCGUUAAUUCCCGGCGCGUCGGAGAUGAAAAUGGAAUCCAGCUGCAAUAUAUUGUUAUUUUCGAUUUUCCGAAUCGGACCGUUAUGUCAUUGAGAGAAGGGCCGAGACGCCAGCUGGAAAAUGCUGUAGUCGCUGACGGUAUCAGGUUCUUUCUAUCAAAUUUAUUUUUAAGCC